AUGGGUGCUGCAGAGCUUGCUGGCAGGACAAUGAAGAGGGCCCUGGUUCUCCUGCUUGCUGUGGUGUUUGUGCAUGCUCUAGAGAGAGGCCGAAAUUAUGAGAAGGAAAAAGUCUGCAAGGAAAUCAACAAUCUCGGAAAAGAUGACUUUGCAUCUUUAUCAAUGGUCCUAUACAGCAGAAAAUUUCCCAGUGGAACAUUUGAACAGAUCAGUCAUCUUGUGAAGGAGGUUGUCUCCCUGACAGAAGCCUGCUGUGCGGAAGGGGCCGACCCUGACUGCUAUGACAACAGGACGUCAGCACUGUCGAGUAAGUCCUGUGAAAGCGACUCUCCGUUCCCAGCACACCCAGGCACUGCCGAGUGCUGUACCCAUGAGGGCCUGGAAAGGAAACUCUGUAUGGCCACCCUGAAGCACCAGCCCCAAGAAUUUCCUACCUACGUAGAGCCAAGUAACGAUGAAAUCUGUGAAGCCUUCAGGAAAGAUCCCAAGGAAUUUGCUAACCAAUUUAUGUAUGAAUAUACCACUAAUUAUGGACAAGCUCCUCUGCCACUUUUAGUCAGUUAUACCAAGAGUUAUCUCUCCAUGGUAGGGUCCUGCUGUACCUCAUCAAGCCCCACUGUGUGCUUCUUGAAAGAGAGACUCCAGAUUAAACAUUUAUCGCUUCUCACCACUAUGUCAAAUAGAAUCUGUUCACAAUACGCCGCUUAUGGGAAAGAGAAAUCAAGGGUCAGUCAUCUAAUAAAAUUAGCCCAAAAAGCACCUACGGCUGAUCUGGAGAAUGUUUUGCCACUAGCUGAGGAUGUUACUGCCAUCCUCUCCAAGUGCUGUGAGUCUACCUCUGAAGACUGCAUGGCCAAGGAGCUGCCUGAACACACAGUAAAAAUCUGUGACAACUUAUCCACAAAGAAUGAUAAGUUUAAGGAUUGUUGUCAAGAAAAAACCCCCAUGGACAUUUUUAUGUGUGCUUACUUCACACCAGCUGCUCAGUCACCAGGGCUGCCAGAAGUUGAGCUGCCCACAAGUAAAGAUGUGUGUGGCAAAGGAAACACCAAAGCCACGGACAGGUAUAUAUUUGAACUAAGUAGGAGGACCCAUGUUCCAGAAGUAUUUCUCAGUAAAAUACUUGAUCCAACCCUGAAAAGCCUUAAAGAAUGCUGUGAUUCUGAAGAUCCUACUGCCUGUUUUCAUGCGAAGGUCCCUCAACUGAAGAAGGAGCUCUCUUCGUUCAUCGACAAGGGACAUGAACUAUGUGCAGAUUAUUCAGAAAACACAUUUACUGAGUACAAGAAAAAACUGGCAGAGCGCCUGAGAGCGGCACUGCCGGACGCCCCGGAAUCGGAGCUGGAGGAGCUGGUGGACAAGCGCUCCGACUUCGCCUCCAAGUGCUGUUCCGUCAACUCCCCUCCCCUCUACUGUGACUCCGAGACUAGCGUUGAAACCAUCCUGGAGAUACCAUCUGAGACCUAA